CGAUAUAACCGAACCAAAGGGUAGUUGGUUGAAUCAGAGAUAAGCGUGAAGUGAUAAGCAAAACAUGUCUCUCUGUGCUUCAUUCUCCACCACAACUUCUCGCCUCACUUCCCUUCCUUCUUCACUCUCUUCAAGUUCUCCGCUUUCUCUCAGAUUUUCCUUCACUUUCCGGGAAAACAGAAUCCCAGUUAAAUCUCUGAAGGACCCGUUUGCAGAAAGAUCCGGAAGAGUGUUCGUAAAGGCUCAGGCUACUGCACCUGCUUCUUCUGAGGCUGUGAAACUCACACCUGUGCCUUCUGAGAUGAAGGCAUGGGUGUAUGGGGAAUAUGGAGGUGUGGAUGUUUUGAAGCUGGACUCCAAUGUUGCUGUGCCUGAUGUGAAAGAGGAUCAGGUCCUUGUCAAAGUUGCUGCUGCUGCUCUUAACCCUGUUGAUGCCAAGAGAAGACAGGGAAAGUUUAAGGCCACCGAUUCUCCUCUUCCGACUGUUCCGGGCUAUGAUGUUGCGGGAGUGGUGGUGAAGGUUGGUAGUGAAGUGAAGGACUUUAAGGUGGGUGAUGAAGUGUAUGGAAAUGUAAAUGAGAAAGCUUUAGAAGGGCCAAAGCAAUUCGGGUCUUUGGCUGAGUACACAGCUGUUGAAGAGAAACUAUUGGCAGCAAAACCUAAAAACUUUGACUUUGCUCAGGCUGCUGCUCUUCCUCUAGCAAUUGAAACUGCUUAUGAGGGUUUGGAGAGGACUGGAUUUUCUCCUGGUAAAUCUAUUCUUGUACUAAAUGGUUCUGGAGGAGUUGGAAGCCUAGUCAUUCAGCUAGCUAAGCAAGUCUUUGGAGCUUCGAGAGUGGCUGCCACUUCAAGCACUAGAAAUUUGGAGCUAUUGAAAAGCUUGGGAGCUGAUUUGGCUAUUGACUACACAAAAGAAAACUUUGAAGAUUUGUCAGAAAAAUUUGAUGUGGUCUUUGAUGCCAUUGGGCAAUGUGAGAGGGCAGUGAAGGUUGUGAAAGAAGGUGGCAGUGUGGUGGCACUGACAGGUGGUGUUACUCCACCUGGUUUCAGAUUUGUGGUUACUUCGAAUGGAGGUGUUCUUAAGAAACUAAACCCUUACUUAGAAAGUGGAAAGGUGAAGGCAAUUGUAGACCCCAAAGGUCCAUUCUCCUUUGCUCAGCUUGCUGAAGCUUUCUCUUAUCUAGAAACCAAUCGAGCCACUGGAAAGGUUGUUAUACACCCCAUCCCCUGAAUCAGACAAAAGGGAUAGACAAUUUUGCUAUGUCCAGUAACUUCAUAUUCUAUACUAAUCACUUCUUUUUUUCUUUAUGAA